AUGGCGGACGCAAAGAUCCAGGAACUCCUCACCAAGCCUCGCAAUGAGCUCACGGAGUACGAGAUUUCGCAACUAGAGGAGCAUGAGUUCAGUGCAGGACCUCUAUCUAUCCUUCAGACCGCCGUGCGCACCCACAACCAGGUCCUGAUCUCUUGCCGGAACAACCGCAAGCUUCUCGCCCGGGUAAAGGCCUUCGAUCGUCACUUCAACAUGGUCCUCGAGAACGUGAAGGAGAUGUGGACAGAAACGCCCAAGCUGGCUGGUGGGAAGAAGGGCCGGCCGAUCAACAAGGACAGGUUUAUCAGCAAGAUGUUCCUGAGAGGAGACUCGGUCAUCCUGGUGCUGCUGAGCUGA